UAGAAAAAUUCUCUCGAAAAGUGCACGCAUUUUGUUUCGUUCGUGAAGUUCACGUCGCUGUUACGCAAAAUCGGUAGCAUUUAGCUGCGUAAUUUACAAAACAUUCAUCUCAGGAUCCACUUUAAAAGACUUAACUUUCACAGCGAAAAAUGGCCACACAAUUCCUGAACCGAAUCGGUCAAUUGGGCCUGGGCGUUGCGAUCGUCGGCGGUGUCGUGAAUUCGGCGUUAUAUAAUGUUGAUGGUGGUCACCGUGCUGUGAUCUUCGAUCGUUUCACCGGUGUCAAACAGCAGGUGUCCGGCGAGGGAACCCAUUUCUUCGUUCCGUGGGUUCAGCGACCGAUUAUUUUCGAUAUCCGUUCGCAGCCCAGAAAUGUGCCGGUGAUAACCGGUAGUAAGGAUUUGCAGAAUGUGAACAUCACGCUCCGUAUCCUGUUCCGACCAAUUCCAGAUCAGUUGCCAAAGAUCUAUACGAUUCUAGGUCCGGAUUACGACGAGCGUGUGCUGCCGUCGAUUACGACUGAAGUGCUGAAGGCAGUCGUUGCACAGUUCGACGCUGGAGAGUUGAUCACCCAGCGUGAGAUGGUGUCGCAGAAGGUAUCUGACGAUCUGACCGAACGUGCCGCUCAGUUCGGCGUCAUUUUGGAUGACAUUUCGAUUACGCAUUUGACCUUCGGAAAGGAAUUCACGCAGGCUGUCGAAAUGAAGCAGGUUGCCCAACAGGAAGCCGAGAAGGCUCGAUUCAUGGUCGAAAAGGCUGAACAGAUGAAGAUAGCGGCCAUCAUUUCCGCGCAGGGUGACGCCGAGGCUGCUGCUCUGCUGGCGAAAUCGUUUGGCGACAGUGGAGAUGGUUUGGUCGAACUGAGAAGAAUCGAAGCGGCCGAGGACAUUGCCUAUCAAAUGAGCCGGUCUCGAGGUGUCACCUAUCUGCCAGCGGGACAAACGACGCUGCUCAACUUGCCACAGUAAAUCGGUAUCGAAUAGUGGUCGGACAGGGAAGCAUUUUUUUUAAUAAGUCUAUGUAGUAAGGUAUCGGUUUUUGCUUGAGUUCGACAGUCGUUAUUGUUUGGGAGGGCAACGAGAUAUUGUGCUCGAUUGGUGUCAUGUCACGAGCCACAGCUCCGUUGGUUCUUUAAAUAUACACCCGAUUGUAUGCUGUCGAUUUAUAUAAGAAUAUAGAAGCGAUUAAUAGGCAGGCAUUUUUAGUUUGAAAUUUCUUUUUUUUUUGUUUCGGUACCAUUAUUAAAGAUCGUUGUUUAAGUAUCAAAAAACCGGGCAUAACACGAGGCGCAG